AUGUUUAGGUUUAAACACGCUUUAGCACUGGGAAACGGCAUUGUUCGCAACUUUACAAUGAAUCAAGAAAAGGUUGCACCGGCUGUGCCGAGCGGUGAAACUGCGAAGACUGCCGUCUCAAAUAACGUAAUGACCCCCGAAUUUCGAAAGUUAUAUCGUACUUGUGUGGAAUGCGUUAAACGGCUGGAUCAAUCGACAAAGGAUAAAAACAGUGUUAGAGAAAUUUUCCUGCCUCAAACGAUCGCCGUGGCUACCAAAUUACGCUGUUGCUGUGAGAAGAUAAUGCGUGACUGUUCCGUAGAUAUCAGCCGUCAAGCGGAAGAUCUAGUGUGGAAGAAAUGCUUCUACGAGCCGAUUCAGCACGUGCGGAAGUGCAAAAAGAUUAAUGCUUUUCCUAGCGAAUACGAGACGACGUACGCAAUGCUGUUGUCGUCUGCGAUUGGCUACUACAGUGGACUGUUAUCCAAGCUUCAGAUGCAGUGCCACAUUGACUUGGAACAGGUAAUCGAUUUUCCAUUUGUCCACAAGGACCCAUCACGAACCACUGGAGAGAUACACGUCGACCCAGCCAAGGCGCACCUUCUGCCUUACAGCCAGUUGAACCUCUGGUGUUCACCAGGAAGUUCGUUUCUGAUGUCCAUGCCGUACUCCAUCGCGUUUCACGUCGCAGCACUCGGCGGAAGUUUCAAUGUCUGUUCUCAAGAAAACUUCGAAGGAUCUUGCAGCAACCUAAACCAGCUGUUGAACGAAAAUCAGAAGGUUUUUACAUUUUUGACUAGCACCGAAGGAUGCAAAAACCUAAGACCUCAUUCGGAGUACAAGCUUUUUCUUGUCACUUAUCUUCAUGUGUUCCAGAUAUUCUACCGCGACGAAGAAACAUACGAUCAGGGUACCAGUCUUCAAGACAUCUGUCAGAGGACCAUUGGGCUAUUCGAGGUUUGCUUACGACAGUCACUCCUGAACAAUUGGGCGAUGGCACGUAAAAUGCGCAGCGAGCAGUUUGACGCUGUUUUGCUGUUGAAGAUAAUCGUGAUGCAAAUGUUGGUCAUCAAAAAGCUUGCUGAUAGCGCAGCGAUUGCUUGGUUACUGUCUAUCUUUUCUAACCUUUUGACGUGUUCGACGGACUUCUUGAACGGCGACCUCUUUCCGAAACCCGAACCGUUGAUGAACGGAUUUAUAAAGGAAACCACUGAAGGAUUAGCACUGGAAGAGAAGACAGACAUGGCGGAGAAAACUGACGGUUCCGCGGAGAAGUCUGGUGGUGAGGAAGGUGAUAUACUGAGGCGCCGCAGACAUGGCAGUGACGGAUCGGAAGACGAUUGGCGUAAAUCGAACAACAACUCUUCAUCUUCUUCCAUGGACGAUGAAGACGGUAAUAAGUCUUCCUGCACUGACGUGCUUACUUCCAGUGGACCUUGUGGUAUGAUGUUGCUUUUCGGUAAUAUACCCAGUUUCGAAACCCCCGUAUUCGAGACGGCCGAGUCUGGGAACGUUCUUCUCAAUGGAGCGAAGAGCGUUUGCAGCGAUGAUGCCGAAGACAGGAGCGCCACCGCCGACUCCUCAGAAGUAUGUGAAACCAACUGUGUCACGAUGUCAUCGCAGGACGUGGAGCAUGGCAUGAUGAAUAGCUUGAAAUCUCAGCUGUUGCUCUGUGAUCCUCUAGAGAAUGGUGCGUCGUUGGACAGUGAACAUUCUGGCUGUGGUCAAAAGAGGCACGUUCGUUUUAAAAUGGCAGGCAUUUCAUUUGACAACGGUUUGUUAAGGACUUAUCGCCAGCGUGAAAGUCCAGCGGAAAAGUUGAACUUUUUAGUCACUUUUGAUUGGCUGCUGGUAAUGAAGACAUCGAAGAUCAUCUGGAGUCAUCUGGCAUUUUUUCUUAACCUUCUUCCAAACGAUGAACAGUUGAUGAAGAUCAUUAAUGAUGAUGAAGAACUUUCCAAAAUCCUGAGCGGCAGCGUUUGGGCGCCAAUUUCGGACUGGUACCAGAAGACGCCAUUGCCGGAAGAUGUUCAUCUACGAGGCGUUAGUCCUUUGAGCCAGACUUUUUCCAGUCUGGAUUACACAAAGCCAGUUAGCCAGUCAAAGAUGUGUCAGGUCCACCGCUGCUCGUUGGACAAAGUGUUCAAGUGCGUCUGUUGUUUCUCGUCUGGUUUGAACAAAACUGUUGGAUCUUGGGAUCGCUAUGAUAAAAUAAAAGUGAUCAUUCGAAUCUACUACAUAAGAAGUUUCGGCCAUUACCUAAUCCGCCUGAACACGCCGGAGUUUCACUUUGAUCGUUCACGAAUGGAAUUCGUUGCAUGUUUGGGCCGCACUCUGAUGCAGAAUGUUGAAGAAGACAAAAAAUCAGAACUGAUGCGUAUUAUGGCAAAGUUGAAGCUGAAGGAUGACUUAGCGCAUGUGAAUCGUACCUACUGGGUACCGGUCUACCUGGUGCCUGACACUUCGGCGCUGUGCAACAAACUCUCGCUGAUCAAACAGUUGGCGAUGACUCAGAAAUUUGUCACCGUUGUUCCGAACAUGGUUAUCAGGGAGUUGGACAAACUAAAGAAGGAAACGGGUCCUGCUCGCGAGGCGACCCGCUGGAUCGAAUCGCAGUUCCAGCGCGCGAGUAAGUUCGUGCGAGUCCAGAAACUAACCGAAACUUCUGACUGGAAGCCGAACUUCGCGGACGAAGAAGUGGGCUGGAUACUUUAUGAAAAUAGUGUCUGUAGAUCUGUUGCCGAAAUCAUGAGGUGCUGCGCGUAUCUGAGUCAAACUGUUCCCGGAUGCAACAAUACGACGGUGGUCACCCUGCUAACGAACCACACCAUGGGUUCCGUCGCGUUCCAGCGACUGACCAUGGUGUCGCUGUGGAUAACAUUUUCCGCUUUUUCAAUCGAUGGCAAAAUGUGCGCAAAAAAGAUGGAUGAAACGCAGCGCAAAUGCUGGUUAAGAAACCCUGAUCACGAAUGGGCAGAAAUGCUAAAAAUUAGCGGCACAGUAAUUCCUAUAAUAUCUGAUGUCGAACUGGGCCCGACCGUAUUCGACCUGCCGCCGAGGGCGCAUCCGUCAGACAGAAAGGCAUCGAAACGUCUUUUUGAAAGUUAA